UCCUCCUCUGUUCCAUUAUCUCUGAGAAAUCUUGAAGAAAGAAAGAUCAGAAGAAAAAAAAAAGGAAAAAAAAUGGCUUCAGUUUGCAUGGCUAUGCCAGUGACCAAAGCAAGCCAAAAGAGGGUUACACCAACCUCAGAUGCUUUCUUUAAGCCAUUGCCAGUGAAUCCAUCAAAGGCAGUGUUUGUGAACAAAGUCUCAAAAUCAAAGCUUGAAAUAUCAGCUUCAUUGAAGGAGAAGGCAAUUACUGGACUAACAGCAGCUGCUUUGACAGCUUCAAUGGUGGUGCCAGAUGUAGCUCAGGCUGCUGAAGGACUUUCACCAUCUUUGAAGAAUUUCUUGCUCAGCAUAGUGUCAGGUGGGGUUGUGCUUACUGCCAUUAUUGGAGCUAUUGUUGGUGUUUCCAACUUUGAUCCUGUUAAGAGAAGUUAAUUUAAGCCUUUCAAAUGUCAUGAUAAAUCUGUUAAGUUUCUUUGUAAACUCUCUCUGAUUUCUAGUUUGUAUUACUGUAUGUGCUAAUACUCUUUAUCAAUGAAUUUAAAGUAUUUUGAAUUCAAGAAAUGAUGACGUCAAACUGUGUUCAUAUUA